CAUAUGUAAAAACACCUGUGGCGUUAUUCCAUGUUAGGACACACCACAGUGGACCGUCCACCUAACUAUUAGGCCUACCGUUUGAUGUGAAUAAGGCCUUGCCUGAUCUGAUAAGCUUCAACGCGUGGAUUGGUUAAAUAAAAGCAUAUGCCAAAACACUAGGCUACCAGUAAACAACCUUAUUAGUUUACAAGUAAGACCAGACAAGGAAUCACCAUGUUCAGUAUUCCUGGACUAAUACGCAAGAAGAGAGACCGCAAGACUUUUUCUAGGGAAGAAAUUGAGUUCUUCAUCCAAGAACUUGUCAAGGAAAAAGGUGGAGCAGUACAAGAUUGUCAGCUUGGGGCCAUGUUGAUGGCAAUUUUCCUGAAUGGUAUGACCUUGGAGGAAACAAGUUGGCUGACCAGAGCUAUGAGAGACUCUGGGGAGGUGUUGUCCUGGCCAUUAGAGUGGAAAGGUUGUGUUGUAGACAAGCACAGUACUGGGGGGGUCGGGGACAAGGUUAGUUUGCCCCUGGCACCUGCAUUGGCUGCUUGUGGGAUGAAGGUUCCCAUGAUUUCAGGACGUGGGCUGGGUCACACAGGGGGGACUUUAGAUAAGCUGGAGUCAAUACCAGGAUUCCAGGUAAUGAUUGCAUCUUCUGACAUGCUUGAGAUCCUGGAAAAGGUGGGCUGUUGCAUUGUGGGACAGACCAAUACUCUGGUGCCCUCUGACCGUAUUAUGUACGCUACCAGAGAUGUCACCAGUACUGUGGACAGUGUCCCUCUGAUUGUAGGUUCAAUAGUUUCCAAGAAAGCAGCAGAAGGUCUAGAUGCACUGGUUUUAGACAUAAAAGUUGGAAAAGGAUCAUACACCAAAAAUGUUGAAGAAGGUCGUAAAUUGGGUGGAUUAAUGGUGUCCAGCUGUGAGAGCAUGGGCAUUAAGACAGUUGCCUUGCUUACCAACAUGGAUAGUCCACUGGGGAAGACCAUUGGAAACAGUCUUGAAGUACAGGAAGCACUGGACUGUCUUCGUGGACAGGGUCCUGGAGACUUGAAAGAACUGGUAGUAAACUUGGGGGCCCAUUUGUUAUAUGCUGCACAGCAUGUUUCCACAGUAUCUGCUGGUAAACUCAAAAUGGAGGAUGUAAUCAGCAGUGGUGCAGCACUGGAGAAGUUUUGUGCCAUGCUGAAAGCUCAAGGCGUAGCAGAAGAAGUUGCCGAGCAGUUGUGCCAGAAACAGGGGAAUACCUCAAACAUCUUGGCAUCUUCUCAUAAUGUUACACCUCUCAAUAGUGUGGGAGAAGGUUGGGUUGCUGACAUAGAUGCAUUGAAACUGGCUGAGGUGUCUGGUGAAUUGGGAGCUGGCAGGAAGAAGGCGGGGGAUAAGAUCAACUUUGCAGUAGGCAUACAGCUCUUGGUACAAGUGGGAGACAGGAUUGAAAGAGGAAAACCUUGGGUGGAAAUUCAUCACGAUGAACCACUUGGAGAGAAUCAGUUGAACAAAGUCCAAGCUGCUUUAAAAGUUGAAAAUGAACCAGUCAGUAGACUAUUGGUUUUGGACAUUGUCACAAGCCAGUCAGCUUAGCAUAUGGAGCAGUGGCCAGGAUGUGUGGGACUCUCUUUCAUUAAGAUGGACCCAAAGAAAAUGACAGGAAAGAAGAUAGGUCCAAAGAUGCCUAUCCUACAAUACUAAUUUUUUGUUGAAAUAUUGUUACAGUUGUAGUAUCCCAGUUUCAGGAGCUGACUUAAACUUGGCAAUACACAUUCAUCACGACAUCUUGUAUUGUAAAAUCUGUGUAUUGAUAGAAAUUCAAAUGACAUACAUUUAAAGGAUUUGAUAUAAUAUCUUUACAGUUCUUUUCAUUUACACUUACAGAAUAUAUGACUUUGCCUAACUCAGAUUACUGACAGUUAAUGUUAUGUUUGACAGAAUGGUCUGUCACUUCUGCCAACAAUUGAUUUCACAUAACUUACUUUCAAAAAAUUCUAUAAAUUGAAAAUGUGCCCACUAAAUAUUUUGUGUGUAUAUACUAAGAAGUUAGUAUUUUACCUUCUUAAUAAUUUGCAUUAUAUGUCAAACAAAGCAGAGUGUGGUUAGCGAUGAAGAAAAUCUAAUUCUAUUUUUUUUUAAAAAGUGAAAAUGUUUUAGUCUACUAUAUGUAAAUGCCCUACUUUAAUAAAUCAUUCCUCUCCAGUUUAUGAUCUUUACCUUGUUUAAGUACAUAUAAAAGAAAAUAAGUUUUUGAUUCUUUUUUUCAAAGGCAUGUUUUGCAUAUAAAAUGCUUUUCAAAUG